GGAGGGGCUGUGAGGUGAGGGAGUCCGGGAGCCGGAGUCUUAGGAAGGGAACUCUGGUGUCCGCAAGAUGUCCUGAUAUGAAGGAAUCACGCCUCCCCAAGCUGCCUUGUCCUUCAAGUGCAGGAGCCGGUUGAAAAGUCGGGAAUGGAAGCCAAUGCGACCAUCCCGAUCUGGCAGAAUAAACCGCAUGGGGCUGCUCGCAGUGUAGUGAGAAGAAUUGGGACCAACCUGCCCCUGAAGCCAUGUCCCCGGGCGUCCUUUGAGACCCUGCCCAAUGUCUCUGAUCUGUGUCUGAGGGAUGUGCCCCCAGUCCCUACUCUGGCUGAUAUCGCCUGGAUUGCUGCAGAUGAAGAGGAGACAUACGCCCGGGUCAGGAGUGAUACACGCCCCCUGAGGCACACUUGGAAGCCCAGCCCUCUGAUUGUCAUGCAGCGCAAUGCCUCAGUGCCCAACCUGCGUGGGUCCGAGGAGAGGCUCCUAGCCUUGAAGAAGCCAGCCCUGCCAGCCCUGAGCCGCACCACAGAGCUGCAGGAUGAGCUGAGCCACCUGCGCAACCAGAUUGCUAAGAUAGUGGCAGCCGAUACAGCUUCGGCUUCAUUAACGCCAGAUUUCUUAUCUCCAGGAAGUUCAAAUGUCUCUUCUCCCUUACCUUGUUUUGGAUCCUCAUUCCACUCUACAACUUCCUUUGUCAUUAGUGACAUCACUGAGGAGACCGAGGUAGAGGUCCCUGAGCUUCCAUCAGUCCCCCUGCUUUGUUCUGCCAGCCCUGAAUGUUGCAAACUGGAACACAAAGCUACCUGCAGCUCAUCUGAAGAGGAUGACUGUGUCUCUCUGUCCAAGGCCAGCAGCUUUGCAGAUAUGAUGGGGAUCCUGAAGGACUUUCACCGGAUGAAACAGAGUCAAGAUCUGAACCGGAGUUUACUGAAGGAGGAGGACCCUGCUGUCCUUAUCUCUGAGGUCCUAAGAAGGAAGUUUGCUCUGAAGGAAGAAGAUUUCAGUAGAAAAGGAAACUGACAGCACUCAGCUCUGCACACUCAGUCUCCUGCUCCUGGAGUUCCUUCAGUAGCUGCCUUCCUCACCGCAAAUGUUUCUGUCUCUCCAUCAGAAGUUUUCUGCAACAGUCUUGCCGAAAGCUAGAGCUUGGACUGAAAGAGCUGGAUUAUAUGUUUCCCAUACUUCAUACCUUAGCAGAAGCUAAGGCCUGUUGUGAGCUGAGAGACUUGUUACAGGUAAAUGUAUAGAUUGGAAUGUUUCGGUCUAAAGGCUGAGCUAGAAGUUUCUGGUUUUUCCUUGCCCCUGUGUGAAAAUAGGUCCUGAAUGACUUACUUCACUGCAUAAGACCCUAUAACUGGUCUUACCGGACACUUUGUGCCCAGCUGUCACUUACUCUUAGCAGCUUUCUUGCAGCAGAGAGAGCUAUCAGUGUUUAUGUACAUGUUCACAGGGCAGGAAAAAUCUUAUGCUGCUCCAUCACAAACCAACACCAAUGCCCAGCAAUCACCCUCUUCCCAUGUCUAACACCUAGAUGUAGAGGUCGGCCCUCUGGACCAGCUGACAUUUGGGCUGCUUCUGGGAGGCCUGGGCUAUUUUUUUCUUAAAUAUAUUUUGUAAUACUGUACAACCAAAUAUACCCUCCAAGGCCCCACUGACUGAACUCCUGCUCUUCCAUGGACUUUAGUUCAAGCCCAGUAGGAAACAGAAAUGGGGAGGGGAAAGAGAAUACCAUCUUUCUUUGAGGCCCUUGACUGCUUCUUUGCAUUGGGCCAAGGUUUGUAUCCACACCAUGCAUGACUCAGAUGCCCUCAGGUCCCUUUCUCUGCAGUAUGUAUCCCGUGUGUGUUUGGGUUGAAGUACUACCUGACAUUAAAGGAUUUGGCAAGAUACUGCAAAAAAAAAAAAAAAAAAAAAAAAAAA